AUGCAGACGAGAUCGGGAGCUAUUAUAGGGAAGAGGAAAGCACAUGAGGGAGACGACAAUGGCAGAGGGAAGAAGAGACGAUCGGUGGAGAGCGACGAACCGAAGAACUCUCCUCAGAUAGAUAGCGAGAAGAGAAGAUUGGCUCCGAAGAGGACGAUCCUCAGAGGAAUCCGUGGAUGCGUAUCUCCUCGAUGCUCUGCUUCUACUAACCGCUCCAGCUUCUCAUGGUUUGAGCAAGAUGCAUGGACAUACAUUUCGAGGUUUUUGGAUGGAAAAUCACUGGUGAUGCUGGGAGCAACAAGCAAAUGGUUUAACAAGAUCGUGAUGGAGGAUGCUGUUUGGAGGUUUGCUUGCUUGCGUGAUCUUCAGGUGCCAAAGCCGUUUCCAGUUUCUUCAAGCUGGAUUAAGAUCUAUGCUUCAGCUUUUGGUAAGAGUCACUCUUACUUGUUCCAUCAGCAGGAAAAGCAUAUUGAUUGGAUGCGAAUUGGUGCCUUUACUCUUGACUCUCGAGUGUCACUCCUGACUGAGAGGUUGAGUUGUCCGCUAAAAGUUCCAAGGGAAGGAACCAUAGAACGGAUGCUCGAAUCCAGUGGUUCAUGUAUUGUUAAAGACAUCAAAACCGGUAUUUGGAUUGCAGAUUUACAGCUUGUUCGGUGCCCUGUAUGUGACCUCAGUACCUGUGAUGGAACAAUGCAAACACUGGAUGCUAGGCACAUUGAACUGUUCCUGAACGAAGAAUACAAAAAUGGAAGUUGGGAACACAAUCUUAUUGCGUCUCAUAAGUUGCAGAAAGACGCAGAUGCAGCUUGUGGAGCCAUAUUCGAUCUCAAACACCUUGAAGCUUCUUCAUCAGGUAUUCUUAACCUCAAGUCUUGGACCGGAGCUCCAGAUGAUUCCCAACCCAAAGCAAUAAUCGCACCUCACGCAGUAGCUGUUCACACAAGAUUACAAGAAAACGAAGAAAACCGUUGCUACAGUUCCUCAUGUGGAAACAGAAACGUCGAAGUUCGUUUCCCUUUUUGGCUAUUCGCCAAACAGUAUUCAACCUGUGGCCACACAGGAUUCAACCUCCUCUGCACCGAUCGCCACGAGACAGCCUUAAAGCUUCCGAACACGGAACUAUUCCUCGUCCGAGAUAUCGACUACGAAAAGCAGCAAAUCCGCCUCAACAACAUGGCCAGACGACUCCUCAGCUUCGACGCUUCAGGAUCUCUUUUCUCUCCUCUCCACUUUCUCAACUACACCAUCUUGACCUGUCCUAACGAGGACAUCAGAUACUCCUCUCAUUACAAACCCAUCUGUUGUCGUGGUAAUUCAACGUCAUCCUUCUUCGCCACUCCUUUUGACCUCGCGACUUCGAUGCCGUCCUCUUGUCAAAUCGGCGAGAAAUUACUCCUUCCUGUUUCUUCACGAUUCGUCGUUGACCUCAACGAUCAAAACCUCAGGCUGAGAUGGGACUCGCCGAGUGGCAGAGAUUAUGAAAGUAGUCGUUCGUUAAGUGGGUUCAAUAACAAUACCACUCUCAAAGUCAAAUGGUGCAGCUCCUUAAAAUCUGGACUUUACAACUUCAUUGUACUAAUACUGAAGUUGAUCUCUCUCUCCCUAAUGACCCUACUCUUCGGAAUAACUACUUGUGUGAUAUAUGUCACGUUCAGUUUUGAGUGGCUCCCUAUUCAGAUACGACGAUCAUUGGGACGUCAUGCUCGCAAGCCACCUAGAGGUCGUGCUAGGUCUGCGAUUGUUGGAGUGUACAAAAAAGUGAUAGUAGAGAAAAAUAUGAAGUUCCCAGGGAGAAAUGACAACAUAUGUUCUAUUUGUUUAUCAGAAUAUGCGAGCAGUGAAACAAUUGGGUGCUUAUUAAUAUGUGAACACUGCUUUCACGUUGAAUGCAUCGAUACGUGGCUCCAGUUGCAUAGCUCUUGCCCGAUUUGUCGAAACAGUCUCUCCAUAAGGUAAAGUUUGUGACUAGUUGAUGUUUGUAUACGAUUGAUUGGAAAGAGUAAAUAAUUAGGUUUCAUAUUUACCUAUGCAUGAUAACAUAUUGCAAUCACUUUUAAUAUUAUGUAACCCUUAUAGAGAAUAUUAAUCAUAGUGUCCUCC